UCUCUUUUUGUCAGGUUGAUUGUAAAGCUUUGUCCUACAUGAAAAAUUGUUUCAGUGAUUUGGACUGGACAAUGACACUUUGUGGGCACAAUGUCGACGGCUUUGAAAAACGGCCGGAAAUUUACUGUCCAUUUUUUCAUGAAAUUGCCCACAACUGUUCGGAGUUUUAUUCUGAAGUCUCAGACUGGAGGAUUAGAACUAAUUGCCCUGAACCAACUUGCCCUGGAAACCUUAUAUUUCAAGAAUUUGGGCCCGCCUUCUCACCGAUUUGCUCAAGCUCACAGUCAGAUGUGGCAAAUUCAGAAAAUAUCACCACAUGUCUUUGUCCGCCAGGUACUGUUCUCAACGACCUGGAGCCUGGGAAUCUCUGUGUUGCUCCGCAAAACUGUCCCUGUUUCCACAACGGCCAAGUGCUUCCACAUGGUGCUGUUUUGGAUGAACGGUGUCAGACAUGUAAAUGUCAAGGCAGAGACUGGACCUGCGAGAAGAAGACGUGCCCCGCCACCUGUACAAUCGAAGGACGAUAUGUGACCACUUUCGAUGGCAAAUACUACACCUUACCUGGGACGUGUAAAUAUCAUGCUGUGGUAGGUUUACAAAAGCAAAAAUACAGUGGGAGAUACUGGACUCUCUCAGUUUCCUUUUCUACCACAAGUUUUACUGUUAGCCAAGUUUUGCUGAAAAUGUUUGAGACUACAUUUACCUUCUCCAUGGACAGUGUGCAAGCUGGUGAUAAAAACAUCAAAGAUGUCUAUCGCACCGAAAAUGUUACGGUAUUCUGGCAAAGUUCAAUGUUCGUUCAACUGCACGCUUCCACUGGGAUGAGUUUACAAGUUCGAGUUUCUCCAACAGUCCAGCUGUAUCUGACAUUACCAGCACAAGAGAAAGGCCAAACAAAAGGAAUUUGUGGAAACUAUAACGAUAUCACGACGGAUGAAUUCAUCUCCUUUACGUCAUAUCCUGAGAGCUCGUCGGAGGUGUUUGCGCAGUCCUGGGCUGAGCCAGGAUGCACACCUGGUCAGAAAUGCACCAUCUCACAGACCCCAGCUAAAUGUCUGUACCUGAAAGAUCCAAAUGGAAAGUUUGCUGCGUGCCACAGCAUGGUAACAGUUGACAGUUUUGUUGAGGCCUGUGAGCAGAGCCAGUGCGGCUGUUCCGGAAAUAAGGAAGAAUGCCUUUGUGUGGUGCUGGCCAACUACGCCCAGGCUUGUGCCAAACAGGGGGAAACAGUGGAGGGCUGGAGGACAGUCAUAGAUUGCACGACUGAGUGCGACCACAACCAAAAGUUUGAGUACAACAUGCAGGCUUGUAACCGUACCUGCCGGUCUCUGUCGGAGCCGGACCCCACCUGUGAGGGGGUCAGUGACCCGGUCGAGGGCUGUGGGUGUCCGGAGGGAACGUACCUCAGUGAAAACUCUAAAUGUGUGCCCAGGAUAGAAUGCUCCUGUUACUAUGGGGGAAAGGUGUUCUCAGGCUCUGAGCCAGUGGAGGUCAAUGGACAAAAAUGCACAUGUGAACACGGAAAGCCUGUUUGCACAGAGAAACCAGCUUGCCCUCUGCCAAAAACAUACAAGCACUGUUCUGGACUUCAAAGAACAUGUGAUGCCUUGACAAAACCUAUGAUUGAGGACAAGCUUUGUCAGAGCGGCUGUUUUUGCCCAACUGACCUAUAUGAAGACCAUUAUGGCAAUUGUGUUCCACGUGAGAGCUGCAGUUGUGUGUCUGGUGAAGAAAAAUACAGAUCUGGAGAUGUGGUAGAAGACAAUUGUAAAACAUGCACUUGCAAGGGUGGGAAAUGGAACUGUCUCUCCCAAGAAUGUCCCGGGAAGUGUCAGGUGUACGGGAAUGGACAUUAUAAGACCUUUGACUCCAAAUGGUACCACUUUGAUGGGCACUGUCAGUACACUUUGGUUGAGGUAAAUUUCACAGUGAUUACUACUUCUGGUCUGGGGUUCUUGCUUUAUUCACAAUCCCUAACGUGUGCUCGCGUCAUUGUGAUCAAUCUUAAGGGUGAGGUUACACUGACACUUGAGGAUAUGAAUGUGAAGGAGAACCUUCUUCAGCCACAGUCCUCUGAGAAUGUGGUCCUGUACUCAGUCCACACUUUUGGCCUAUACAUUGAAAUAUCCAUUCCCAGUAUGGGCUUGACUGUCAUCUGGGACAAGAAUACCCGACUGACCAUCAUAGCUGACGAAAUGUUGAAGGUGGACCCUCAGUACUACUUGGAGGCUUGUGUGAAAGAGACGUGUUCCUGUCAGUUUGAGGGGAAGUUCCUGGGUUUCUGCACUGCUGUGGCAGCCUACGCAGAUGCAUGCAGUAGAAAGGGCACCUGUGUCAAGUGGAGGACACCAGACCUGUGUCCGGUUUACUGCGACUACUACAAUGAAAAGGAUGAGUGCACCUGGCAUUACCGAGCAUGUGGGCCCAGCCCAGAAUUACUGACCUGUGGGAAGCCAUUCAAAUUCUCUGAGAGCCUUGAAGGUUGCUACCCACAAUGUCCCCCGGAUAAGCCAUACUUUGAUGAGAACACAAGAAAAUGUAUGACGACGUGUGAAAAACCUACUACAGCAACACCUACUACAACAACGUCCACAACAACAAAAACAACCACAACAACACCGACUACAACAAGGACCACAACACCUACUACAGCAGAAACAACCCGCACAAUAAUACCUUCCACAACAACAGAAACAACCCCAACAAUUUCAACUUCCACAACAACUGAAACGACCUCCACAAUUACAACUUCUACAACAACUGAAACGACCCCAACAAUAACACCUUCCACAACAAGUGAAACAACCCCCACAAUUUCAACUUCCACAACAACUGAAACAACCUCCACAACACCUUCCACAACAACAGAAACAACCCCCACAAUUUCAACCUCAACAACAACUGAAACAACCUCGACACCAUCUUCCACAACAGAAACGACCCCCACAAUUACAACUUCCACAACUGAAACGACCCCCAUAACAACAUCUUCCACAACAGAAACGACCCCCACAACAUCUUCCACAACUGAAACGACCCCCACAAUAACACCUUCCACAACAACUGAAACAACCUCCACAACAUCUUCCACAACUGAAACGACCCCCACAAUAACACCUUCUUCAACAAGUGAAACAACCUCCACAACAUCUUCCACAACAACUGAAACGACCCCCACAAUAACACCUUCCACAACAACAGAAACAACCCCCACAAUUUCAACUUCCACAACAACUGAAACAACCUCCACAACUGAAACAACCUCCACAACAUCUUCCACAACUGAAACGACCCCCACAAUAACACCUUCUUCAACAAGUGAAACAACCUCCACAACAUCUUCCACAACAACUGAAACGACCCCCACAAUAACACCUUCCACAACAACAGAAACAACCCCCACAAUUUCAACUUCCACAACAACUGAAACAACUCCCACAUUUUCAACUUCCACAACAACAGAAACGACCCCCACAAUAACACCUUCCACAACAACAGAAACAACCCCCACAAUUUCAACCUCAACAACAACAGAAACGACCCCCAUAACAACACCUUCCACAACUGAAACGACCCCCAUAAUAACACCUUCCACAACAACAGAAACAACCCCCACAAUAACACCUUCCACACCUUCCACAACAACAGAAACGACCCCCACAAUUACAACUUCUUCAACAACUGAAACAACCUCCACAACAUCUUCCACAACUGAAACGACUCCCACAAUAACACCUUCCACAACAACUGAAACAACCUCCACAACAACUUCCACAACAACUGAAACAACUCCCACAUUUUCAACUUCCACAACAACUGAAACGACCCCCACAAUAACACCUUCCACAACAACAGAAACAACCCCCACAAUUACAACUUCCACAACUGAAACAACCCCCAUAACAUCUUCCACAACAGAAACGACCCCCACAACAUCUUCCACAACUGAAACAACUCCCACAAUAACACCUUCCACAACAGCUGAAACAACCCCCACAAUUUCAACAUCCACAACAACUGAAACAACCUCCACAACAACAUCUUCCACAACUGAAACAACUCCCACAAUUACACCUUCCACAACAACUGAAACAACUCCCACAUUUUCAACUUCCACAACAACUGAAACAACCUCCGCAACAUCUUCCACAACUGAAACGACCCCCACAAUAACACCUUCCACAACAAGUGAAACAACCUCCACAACAUCUUCCACAACUGAAACGACCCCCACAAUAACACCUUACACAAUAACAGAAAUAACCCCCACAAUUUCAACUUCCAUAACAACUGAAACAACCUCCACAACAACAUCUUCCACAACUGAAACGACCCCCACAAUAACACCUUCCACAACAACAGAAACGACCCCCACAAUAACACCUUCCACAACAACAGAAACGACCCCCACAAUAACAGCUUCUACAACAACUGAAACGACCCCCACAAUAACACCUUCCACAAUAACAGAAAUAACCCCCACAAUUUCAACUUCCACAACAACUGAAACGACCCCCACAAUAACACCUUCCACAACAACAGAAACAACCCCCACAAUUUCAACCUCAACAACAACAGAAACAACCCCCACAACAACAUCUUCCACAACAGAAACGACCCCCACAACAUCUUCCACAACUGAAACAACUCCCACAAUAACACCUUCCACAUCAACUGAAACAACCCCCACAAUUUCAACAUCCACAACAACUGAAACAACCUCCACAACAACAUCUUCCACAACUGAAACAACUCCCACAAUUACACCUUCCACAACAACUGAAACAACUCCCACAUUUUCAACUUCCACAACAAAUGAAACAACCUCCGCAACAUCUUCCACAACUGAAACGACCCCCACAAUAACACCUUCCACAACAAGUGAAACAACCUCCACAACAUCUUCCACAACUGAAACGACCCCCACAAUAACACCUUACACAAUAACAGAAAUAACCCCCACAAUUUCAACUUCCAUAACAACUGAAACAACCUCCACAACAACAUCUUCCACAACAGAAACAACCCCCACAAUUACAACUUCCACAACUGAAACGACCCCCAUAACAACAUCUUCCACAACAGAAAUGACCCCCACAAUUACAAGUUCUACAACAACUGAAACAACCUCCACAUCUUCCACAACUGAAACAACCCCCACAAUUACAACUUCAACAACUGAAACGACCCCCACAACUUCCACAACAACAGAAACAACCUCGACUACAUCUUCCACAACUGAAACGACCCCCACAAUAACACCUUCCACAACAACUGAAAUGACCCCCACAAUAACACCUUCCACAACAACUGAAACGACCCCCACAAUAACACCUUCCACAACAACUGAAACGACCCCCACAAUAACACCUUCCACAACAACAGAAACAACCCCCACAAUUUCAACUUCCACAACAACUGAAACAACUCCCACAUUUUCAACUUCCACAACAACUGAAACGACCCCCACAAUAACACCUUCCACAACAACAGAAACAACCCCCACAAUUACAACUUCCACAACUGAAACAACCCCCAUAACAACAUCUUCCACAACAGAAACGACCCCCACAACAUCUUCCACAACUGAAACAACUCCCACAAUAACACCUUCCACAACAACUGAAACAACCCCCACAAUUUCAACAUCCACAACAACUGAAACAACCUCCACAACAACAUCUUCCACAACUGAAACAACUCCCACAAUUACACCUUCCACAACAACUGAAACAACUCCCACAUUUUCAACUUCCACAACAACUGAAACAACCUCCGCAACAUCUUCCACAACUGAAACGACCCCCACAAUAACACCUUCCACAACAAGUGAAACAACCUCCACAACAUCUUCCACAACUGAAACGACCCCCACAAUAACACCUUACACAAUAACAGAAAUAACCCCCACAAUUUCAACUUCCAUAACAACUGAAACAACCUCCACAACAACAUCUUCCACAACUGAAACGACCCCCACAAUAACACCUUCCACAACAACAGAAACGACCCCCACAAUAACACCUUCCACAACAACAGAAACGACCCCCACAAUAACAGCUUCUACAACAACUGAAACAACCUCCACAACAUCUUCCACAACUGAAACGACCCCCACAAUAACACCUUCCACAACAACUGAAACGACCCCCACAAUAACACCUUCCACAACAACAGAAACGACCCCCACAAUAACAGCUUCUACAACAACUGAAAAAACGACCCCCAUAACAACAUCUUCCACAACAGAAACGACCCCCACAACAUCUUCCACAACUGAAACAACUCCCACAAUAACACCUUCCACAUCAACUGAAACAACCCCCACAAUUUCAACAUCCACAACAACUGAAACAACCUCCACAACAACAUCUUCCACAACUGAAACAACUCCCACAAUUACACCUUCCACAACAACUGAAACAACUCCCACAUUUUCAACUUCCACAACAACUGAAACAACCUCCGCAACAUCUUCCACAACUGAAACGACCCCCACAAUAACACCUUCCACAACAAGUGAAACAACCUCCACAACAUCUUCCACAACUGAAACGACCCCCACAAUAACACCUUACACAAUAACAGAAAUAACCCCCACAAUUUCAACUUCCAUAACAACUGAAACAACCUCCACAACAACAUCUUCCACAACAGAAACAACCCCCACAAUUACAACUUCCACAACUGAAACGACCCCCAUAACAACAUCUUCCACAACAGAAAUGACCCCCACAAUUACAAGUUCUACAACAACUGAAACAACCUCCACAACAACAUCUUCCACAACAGAAACAACCUCCACAACAACAUCUUCCACAACUGAAACAACCCCCACAAUUACAACUUCAACAACUGAAACGACCCCCACAAUAACACCUUCCACAACAACUGAAACGACCCCCACAAUAACACCUUCCACAACAACAGAAACAACCUCGACUACAUCUUCCACAACUGAAACGACCCCCACAAUAACACCUUCCACAACAACAGAAACGACCCCCACAAUAACACCUUCCACAACAACAGAAACGACCCCCACAAUAACACCUUCCACAACAACUGAAACAACCUCCACAACAACAUCUUCCACAACAGAAACAACCCCCACAAUAACACCUUCCACAACAACAGAAACGACCCCUACAACAGCUUCCACAACGGAAACAACGCCCACAAUUACAACUUCCACAACAGCUGAAACAUCUGCCACCACAGUACCUUCAACAACGACAUCAACUGCAACAACAUCUACGACUACAACUUCAACAACAAUAUUAACCACUGCAACAACCCAAACUACAUACAGUACUACCACACCAAAACCAACAACAACUGUUUGUGUGUGUCCAGAAACAAGUCAGCCAGAAUGUCCUAGAGGACUCUUGAAAGAAAUCUCAGAUGGGUGUUGCAAAAGAUGGACAUGUGACUGUCGGUGUGAUGUUUAUGGAGACCCUCACUACAUCACCUUUCAGGGAACACCUUACGAUUUCUUUGAGAACUGCACUUAUAUCCUUGUGAAAGAGAAGAAGCCUCAGUACAACUUCCUUGUUGCUGUGGACAAUAGCUUCUACAGCCCAUUCUUUUUUGAGUCAUUUGUUAAAAGGGUCAUCGUGACAUAUAAUGAGAGCAAUGUUGUCUGUGAAAUUUCAGCUAAAAACCCAAAAAUUGUGUGCACACUCAAUGAAGCCAGCAUAUUCCCCCCUACUGAGAAACAAGGAAUAAGCUUUCAGACAACUGGAACUCAGGUUAUUAUGUACAUGGAUAAAAUCCGGUCAAGUGUCACAGUCACAAGCGAAAGAGGUGUUAUUGUGAAUGUGGCAAUGGAACACUUUGCUAAUAACACUGAAGGACAAUGUGGUGUUUGUGCUGGAGGAUCCUGUGUGCGCAAGGGUGGUGCACUUGAGAAUGACAAUUGUUGUCCACAGACAGCUUCCUCGUGGGUGUAUAAUGACCCUACUAAGCCUCACUGCCAACCAAGAGAAGCCCCCUGCACCCAACCAACUCCUAAACCUCAGUGUAAUGUAACCGGCACCAUCUGUGACAUCCUCAAACAUAAAGUGUUCAGCUCCUGUAGAGAGAAGAUCAAUUCAACCAUCCUGGAUGACAUUGAGAAAAGUUGCAGGAUAGACAAGUGUUUAUCAAACAGCACAACCGAGAAAGGUCUCUGCUCAUCACUAAGUCAAGCGGCUGAAGUGUGCAGGGCAGCCAAUGUCUGUGUGGAGUGGAGAUACCUGACCAAUGGAAACUGCGAUGUAUCAUGUAGCAAUGGACUGAUCUACCAAGAGUGCAGGUCCAAGGCUGAUGACUAUUGCGAUUGUAGAAACCGCGUUAGUGGGAUGAGCUAUGACACCCCAGUGCCUGGGUGUUUCUGCCCUGAAAACACGAUGCGGGCAGAAAAAUACAAAGAUAUAUGUGUCCACCAGUGCACAACCUGCAAGGGUCCACUUGGAGAGCCCAAGCAGCCUGGUGAAACCUGGGAGUCCAAGUGCAACAUAUGCACCUGUAAUAACAUCACAAUGACAGAGGAGUGCACACCCAAACCCAAACUAGCACCUCCCACCUGCAAGGACAACGAGAUGCUGAUCACCUUCAACAGCACAGACUCCUGUCCCAUGGCAAUUUGCGUUGAGAAGACUUGUGAGUACAACGGGACAAAAUACAAGGUCGGGGACCAGUGGAAAGGCAACAACCCUUGUGUGUCCUACAGCUGUCAGCUGGAUGGCAUUCGGAUUAAAGAGAGAGUGUGUCCACCUCUGACAUGUGCACAGGCACUCAGGAAGUGGGACGACCAGCACUGCUGUUACACCUGUUCAAACCUCAAUGAGACAUGCCCUGAGAACAUCUGCAACACAUGCUGCUUUUCACAAAAAAUUGUGCCGUAAUGUAAACCUGCAGUGUUCUGGUCAUGUAGUUUCCCUCUGAUUCUGACACUUCUUUCCAUGCAUACAUACAUACAUGUGCCAUUCCUGUGGAUGUCUGGCAACAUCUUACCUGUUAAAGUUACCUUUCACGUGGGAUUUUCUCAAAUGGCUUUAUGUUCUUUGGGUUCCAGGCAUAGCUGAGAGAAAUCAAUCAAGAUUGCAGUAAUUUAAAGAGCAUUGUGUCAGUGAUUGGUUUUAUAAUUACUCUUGUGGUGGUGGAACUCGUUGAAUCUUAUUGGUUUAAUGUGAAAUAAUUAAAUGAUCUUUG